AGAUCAAAGAGCAAAAGAAUGAACGUGACAACGCCAGUCAUUUUUUGUAAUAUCUCAUUUUAUAUUGUUGAUGUUUAUAUUUAUUUAUUAUGUUUAUUAUUGAAUUAGAUGCUUGAAGUAUGGAAGCGAAAACAGAAAAUACAGAGAAUUCUUGUUCAGGGACGAUUGAAAUAAUAGAAAAUAAAUUUCCCAUUUCAUUAGAAGAAUGUAUUAAUCGGGAAUCUAAAAAGUGGACACCGGUCGAAAUAAUAAAUAAAACAAAAUAUGAAGAAUCUAAUCCAAUUUUCGGAACAUCUCCUGUUAAUGGCAUUGAGAAUAAUUUUUUUCAUAUACAAUCUACCAAUUAUCCGAAAAAAGAUGUAGACCCAAAAGUAUGUGAAAAUUCGCUUUUAACAGAAGCUGACAAUUCGAUUUCUCCUUGUAGUAACAACUUAGCACAAAUUGUGGAAAUGGAAACUACGAAAAAUGGAAUUAAAAACAAAAAACAUUAUCCUUGUCCCAUAUGUGGAAAAAAUUUCGCAAGGUCGAAUUCAAGAAAAAAACACCUCGGUCUACAUUUCCUCAAUAGAUCAAUAGUAUGUUCGUUUUGUGGUCGAAUAUUUAUCCAACAAAAACAUUAUUUGAUACACAAUUUUAUCCACGCCGUGAAAAAGAAGAGAACAAAAUGGCCGACGGUCGAAUACGUGAACAAAUCGAUGCCAGACGAUAGUAUAUCGAUUAAAACCGAGACAAUAAAACCAACGUUCGAAUUCGAUUGUGAUAUAUGCGGGGAACGUUUCGAUACCGAAGAUCGUCUUCAAAACCAUUUAAAAACCCAUCCGAUCUUAUUUAACUGUGAUAUAUGCUCUAAAUCUUUCAGCAGAAAAUCCUCCCUCACUCAACACAAACUUAUCCACUUCGGCCCACAGUUUUACUGCGAAAUUUGUUCCAAACCUUUCAAAAGUAAAUCGAAUCGUAACCGACAUCUAUUGACACACUCGCAAACUCGUAAUUUAUUUUUCAAAUGUACCGCGUGCGUACAAAAAUUCAAUAAAUCCACAAGUUUCGUAAACCAUUGGAUAACGCACCAAGAAAAAGCGAAGCUGCAAUGUAAAUUGUGUAACAAGACGUUCAACAAAACCAGAGACAUUUUCGAACAUUGCAAAAAUCAUUUUUAUAUUAAAAAUCGAUUGCAAUGCGAAAUUUGCCCUACGUGGUUUAUACAGAAGAAACAACAUCAGAAUCAUUUGAAAAUGCACGCGCAAGGCAUACCGCCCGGUAUAUGCUGCACUUACUGUUUGGAAAAUUAUACAAAUGACGACGAGCUCUCCAAACAUACCGAAAUACACGAAAAACCGUUCCAGUGCGGUAUUUGUUUACUAUUAUUCAAAGAAUACAGUCAACUAUGUCAACAUAUCGAAAAACACACCGACAAACACACAAAUAUAAAUUGCCCUUUUUGUACUGCCACUUUCCAUACCGAUUACCUCGCCGAUCACAUAGAAAACAAACAUUCGGAUAUGAAGGAAGGCGGUACGAAAAAAUCCUUCACCUGCAACUAUUGUUCGAUGUUUUUUACCACGGAAUCCGAUCUGAAGAACCAUCUGGCGGAGGGUAGUCGAAAGGCGUGUUGUAAAAUUUGUUCGAUCGACAUUUGCAGUUUGGAAAAUUUGAUAAAACAUAUACGGGAGACGCACAUCGGCGCGAAAAAUCCGUUCGCUUGCGUGAUAUGUACUAGAGAAUACGCCGAUAAAGACGGUUUAGUUAAUCACCUUCUUUCCGAACAAGGUAACGAUCUAUUGGAUUAUUUCAAACAAUGCGAAAUAUGUCAUUGGAAUUUUUUCGAUGAAGGCGAUUUUACGACGCAUUGGAAACAAUAUCAUCAAUCGGUUAUUUCAGAUUUCAACGAUUAUAAAGAUAUUUCAGAUUCGAAUAUAAUUGUCAAAGAAGAAGAUUUCAAAGACGAGUUCGAUAUUAUUUACCAAGCGUUAGAAAUUAAAGAAGAUAAAGUAGAAUAUAGUGGAUACUUCGAUCUCUGUUGAUUUUCUUAUCAAAUACUGAAUUUCUAAAAAAAAAAUAUAAACUCGUGGACAUAAAUAACCCACCACCCUUUAUUUCAAUAUCAAAACCUAAAAGAGAAAAAAAAUAAUUUUCUAUCACAAAAAGUUAAAGUAUCUUAACACGUCGACUGCCACGGCAAGGUUCAGAAUUAUAUUUAAAAUGACAAUUUGAUUUAAUUAUAUUAUAUUAUUAAAAACUCAAAUUCUAGUGCAUAGUUAUUAUAAAAAGCAUAAAAAUAGUUAAACAAUCAAAAUUAACAGUUAAGUGAACGCGAAGCUGAGUUAGUUGGACAGGAACAAAGUUAUCGUGAAGUGGCAAAUCUGUUGGCGUACACCACACAACCAUUGGCAGAUGGAUGCAAAGAUUUCGAGAGACCGGUUCACAUUCUAGGAGGUCCUUCAGUUUUAACUACUCGGGAUGACCGUUUUUUGCAGUUAAAUUCUUUAAGAAAUCGAUCAAUGACAAGUGUAGAGCUCAACAGCCUUUUAGGAGAAGUCCGAAAUGUAAAUAUUACUAAUAGAUCAAUAAGACGACAUCUUCAGAAUGCUGGUCUACACAACAGAAGAGCUCUCCAGACACCUUUGCUAACCAGACGGUAGACUAAGAUUUGCAAGGCAACAUUUAGAUUGGAAUUUAUAAAAUUGAUGCCAAAUUUUAUUUACUGAUGAGACAAGAAUCAGUCUAAGAGGUCCAGAUAGACUUAAUCAAAUUCGAAGACGACGAGGAGAAAGAUUUGUGAAGUCUUGUAUCAUUCCCAGGGAGCCGUUCCAAGGAGGAUAUAUCAAGUUUUGGGGAGGAAUUUGUUUUGAUGCCCGCACAGAAUUAGUGUCUUUUCCUAGAUAACUGACAUUCUUGAAACUCACGUCGUUCCGUAUUGGCCAUUUAUUGGUGAUAAUUUUCGCUUAAUGCAUCAUAAUGCUAGACCACACGUUGCGGCAGAUGUUCUGAAUUACCUAAACGAAGUAGGAAUUCAUACCCUGGACUGGCCACCAAGAAGUCCAGAUAUGAAUCCUAUCAAGCAUGUCUGGGACAUUUUAAAACCGCCGCAUUCGUCGUCGAAAUCCAUUUCUUCAAAAUUUAAAUGAGCUUGAGCAUUAGGAGAAUGUGAGAACAUACCACAAGAAGUAUUGGUUUUAUUGCAAUGUUUUUAUUUUUAUUUUUUUACUCAUAAAAAAUCGGGGUGCCGCGUAAUUUUUGACCACGAGUAUAUAUAGAGCGUUUUAAUGAAAGGUGACUAUUACACUCCAGUAUUUUUGGUGAUAUUCAUACUGAACACACUGUUUACAUUAACACUACACGGACGCGCGUUUCGAUAACCAAGUUAUCGUCUUCAGAGACUAAAGGUAAACAGUUUAUCGAAACGAACGUCAGACAGUGAAAUUGUGAAUUGUGAAAAAUAUAUUUAUUUUUCAACGUAAUCUCUUUUUAGCUCCACACAUUUUCCCCAGCAAUGUUCAAUAAGUUCUAUACCCAAAAUAGCCAUUAACUGCCGACAUCAACUCUUCAUUGUUGGAAAAUAUUUGACCACCGAGCCAUUUUUUUCAAGUCUAGGAACAGAAAAUAAAGCGAAGGGGCUAAAUCUGGCGAAUAGGGUGGAUGAGGUAGCAAUCCAAACUUUAAUUCGUUCAUUUUGGCCAUUGCAAUAACUGGUGUAUUGUCUUGAUAAAAUGAGACUUUCUUCUUAGCCAAAUGCGUCGGUUAUUGCUUGAUUUCCUCGCUCAAACGUUGCAAUAAGUUCGCAUAAUAUUCGCCGUUGAUAAUUUUUCCUUUUUCAAGAUAGUAAAUGAAAAUUAUUCAACGCGCAUCCCGAAAAACCGAGCAAUUCUCCCUUUUCAGUUCAUUGUUUUGAUUGUUCUUUUGUUUCGGGUGUGAAGUAAUGGAUCCAUGGUUAUGAAACGGCUCAAGAAUUUGGCUUUAUUUCUAUGAAACAUUACCAAACACUCGAUGGAAACAUCUUCAGGGCGCUGUUUUUGUUUCAUUGCGAUCAAACGCGGCACCCAUCUUGCGCACAGCUUUCUCAUGUCAAAUUUUCAGUUAAUAUGCGGUGUACUAUGUCUGCUAUCUCGCGCACUUUCAGUCGACGAUCAUCCAGUACCGCUUUGAGGAUUUUAUUCAACAUUUCUGGGUCGUUACCUCAUUUGGUCCACCACUGCGAUGCUGGUCUUCGCAGGUCGUACGGCCCCCUUUAAACUCUGCUACUCAAUAUUUUACUGUUGAUAAAGAAGGAAACGUCUCGCCUAGAGUAGAAUCUAGUCCAGGCUUCAUAUUUGUUAUACUAAGACCUUUCAAAUAAAAGUAUUGUAUCACAUAACGAUGACCAAUUUUUACCAUGUUUACAAAUUCACUGAAAACGUUCACAAUUGAUGGUUGCCAAACAAAUAUGGCAUCUUCACUUGAAAUAUAUACUGUAUAUAUUGUGUACUUUCUACUACAGUGGUAUUUUUCAAGCAACUACCGCCAUCUCUAGGUCAGGCCAGGUACUUCUGGGACCAUUCUCGUAUUUAAAUUGAGGUGUCUUCACAGCCUAACGUAAUGAGUCAUUCACGAUGUAGUCAAGGAUAUAAAAAAAAUUAACAAUCUUCCAAUACAAUAAGUAGAAAACAAAUUAGAUGAGUAAGGUAAAAUGAAUAAAUUAUAACUACAGCUACGCUUUGAAAAAUCAAAUAGCGAUAUGGAAAUGAGAUAUAACACUGACAAAAAGUACUCUAGAGGGGUCUAAAAUGCAUAAUUUUAGUUAAUACCUAAAUUUUCCGGGUGAGUGCCCCUCGUAAUAGAACCACCGCGCUAGCUAGCGCCGCCACUACUCUUAUUUAUAAUUCCCGAUAUGUUUUAUCUAGACGUUUGCAUAAAUAAAAUUUUAUUCACUCUACUUGCAUUCUAAUUCUCUGCUGAGUUAGAACCAGUGCGGAUUUUAAGAGAAGUCUUUCGGAUGGAACAAAGUUAGGUUAGAUUAAAAUGUAUAACUUUGGAAAAUAAAAUAAGUGUAUUUCAAAGAAUUUUUGACGUCUCGCAAGGAAAUGGGAUGAAAACAAUUUUUUUUCUUCUGAAAUUCGUUAACUAUUUAGGUAAAUAUGGGUGGGGAAUUCAAGCACGAGAAGGUUGCAGUAGAAGUAUAAGUAUUUAACGAUUUCCAAAUAAAUAAUUUUUUUCACCCUCUUCCUGCGAGCCGAAAAAAAUAUUUUUAGGUUCCAUCAUCUGUGAUAUAGGAAAUAUUUGAAGCCAAUCGGUGGAUUCCCCUUUUUGGAACUCUAGACGUACUUUGUAAUCUUGGGUUUUCGUUAAAUCUAUUCACUGCUUUCAAAUAAAGCGGUAACUCAUCUCAACCUAACCAAUUCUUCUGGACUAAUUUAUGAUGAUUACACCAUAGAUUAUAAUCUGAUAACUGAAUUGUCAGAGCUAGGCCAGCAGAUCUUCAAAAUGAAGGUUUUUGAAUCUUGCAAUGUCUUAUGAUGUUCGAUAGCACCCAUCUCGGUAAGAGUGCAUUUAUGAACCUUUCUAGUUAAAGUAUUUUCAAUAAUUAGCUCUUUCAUUAAUGAUAUCAUGCAUUGCAUCAAUUGAAUGACCUUGCUCCUAGAGUAAAACUUAUCUCCAAAUAUUUUCUUUGUCGCUGCUUCCAGUGGGCGCAUUAUGUUAAGAAGUGAUGUUAAUACUGUCAGCUCCAUACCAGUUAACAUUGAUGGUGCUGUUUAUCAAAAUGACGUUAACAGUAUCAAGAGUUAUAAGAGGUAAAUUAUUAGCUACUUUAUAUGAUUUUUACACAUUUUUACUUGGGAUUUGUGUGAGGUUGAAAACCACAUUGGAAUGCUCUGUAUAAAGGUCAUAUAUUAAAAAAAUAUAUGCACGUUAAUAAUGACGUAUUUGCUUUCUAAUUGUAUAAUUAAACCGCUUCAACACUACGUUCGUUUUGUGUAAUCUCGAACAGAUUGGAUCAGUUUCAUUGUGUGUUCAUUAUUUUUUUUUGUGCAAUAUAAAAAAUAACAGAUAUUAUAAAUAAAUAUUUCUUUAAAUAU